UCCCUCGGCGCCGGGAACAUGGCGGUGGCUGGGGCGUGGGGGCUGCUGCGAGGAGCCGUCCGGGAGCUGCUGCGGCUGCCGCUCGCGGGGGCCGCCCCCGGCCCGGAGCGCGGCUUCAGCCUCUCUCACAGUCGGGGCACGGUCAUCGUGGAGCGCUGGUGGAAGGUACCGUUGGCUGGAGACGGCCGGAAGCCGCGCCUGCACCGGCGACACCGCGUUUACAAGCUGGUAGAGGACACGAAACACGGGCCCAAAGGCAACCUGGAGCUCAUCCUUACCCAGUCGGUGGUUGGACUUGGAGUCCGGGGUGACCUGGUCUCAGUGAAGAAAUCUUUGGGCCGGAAUCGACUGUUGCCUCGAGGUCUGGCUGUAUAUGCAUCCCCUGAAAACAAGAAACUCUUUGAAGAAGAGAAAUUGCUGAGACAAGAAGGAAAAUUAGAGAGGAUCCAGACCAGGGCGGGUGAGAUGACAGUGACGUUUCUCAAAAGCUGUCACCUGGAGGUGGGGAUGAAAAACAACGUCAAAUGGGAACUAAACCCUGAAAUAGUUGCCCGCCAUUUCUUCAAAAAUCUUGGUGUUGUGGUCGCCCCACAUGCGUUAAAGUUACCAGAAGAACCCAUUACACAGUGGGGCAAGUACUGGUGUGAGGUGACGGAUUCCUUUGGUUCUGUGUACAGGUAAAUGGACUUGACACUGUGAGGGUACCUAUGUCUGUGGUGAACUUUGAGAGGCCCAAGACCAAAAGAUACAAGUACUGGUUAGCCCAACAAGCUGCCAAGGGAAUGGCCCCCACCGGCUCCCAGACUUUCUGAAUCUACUCUCCCUCAAAAUCAGACAAGCAGAAUCAGGGGCCCCUGGAGGACACAGUCAGUUGAGCAUCUGACUUUAGCUCAGGUCAUGGUCUCUUCGGUUGGUGAGUUCGAGCCCCACAUUGAGCUCUGUGCUGUCGGUGCAGAGCCUCCUUUGGAUCCUCUGUCCUCCUCUCUCCCUGCCCCUCCCCCACUCACACUCUCUCCCCAAAAUGAAUAAGCAAAAAAGAAGAGCCGAAUCAGGAGCAGUGGAGCAACGAUGGGCCAUCACCCUGAUCAACUCCCAGCUCUGAUGAAAUAGUGGAAUUUUACAGAGCAUAUGGAGACAACAGCCGAAACUGCAUGUACACGUUGAAUCCUCUGUAUUUCCCACCUCUGUCUUGGACUGUUACCACAUCUGGCCUUACUGGGGUAGUCCUGCUCAAGGAGUACCAGGCUGUAGAUUUGAUAAGCUGAAUAUUAACAGAUUUUGGAAACAGUCUGGAUAUUAUUUAGCCUGAAAUUCACUGGAACAAAUGGAAGAGCUAGUCACUGUCUCCGUCACUAGGCUCAUUCUCAUACAAACUGAACAUUUGUAUCUCAAGAGGAAAUAAAGAGAUUGUGUUUUUACUUA